AUGCAUGUUAAGCCAAUUAAGAUGAGAUGGCACACAGGUGGUGUCAACUACAGUUAUCUGGUCAGCAACCAGGACCAAACCACAUCUUGGUUAAUUGAUCCAGCUGAGCCGCAUGAAGUCUGGCCAGAGUUGUCAGAGAGCGAAAGGGAAAGUGUAGUGGCGUUAGUCAAUACUCAUCACCACUAUGACCAUGCUGGUGGUAACACUAGUUUGCUAAAGCAAUUUAAGGAGACUGUUGGCAAGCCAUUGCAAGUAAUUGGUGGCUCUGAGGAGUGUGACAAUGUUACAUUGAUUCCAACACAUUCACAGAAGCUAAAGAUUGGUAAUUUGGAUGUUACAUGCAUUAGGACUCCAUGCCAUACACAGGACUCUGUAUGCUACUACAUAAGAGACCCGGAAACUGACGAAAGAUGUAUCUUUACUGGUGACACCCUGUUUACUGCUGGUUGUGGUAGAUUCUUUGAAGGUACCGGCGAAGAGAUGGAUGCCGCUCUGAACAAGUAUAUAUUAGAAGGUGUCGGCAAGAACAAUUGGUCUAGUACUCUUGUGUACCCGGGCCAUGAAUACACAAAGAGCAAUGUCAAGUUUGUUCGUAGUAAGAUUUAUCCAACUACUAACGUAAACAGCAGGUUUGAUGAAUUGGAAAGAUUUUGCAACGAGCAUGAAGUUACUACUGGUAAAUUCACAUUGGCCGAUGAAUUGCUAUUCAAUCCUUUCAUGAAACUAGACGAUCCUAUAGUUAGAGCUGCUGUAGGUGAUUCAGAGAACCAAUGGACAUCUGCUGCUGUCAUGGACAAGCUGAGAAAGAUGAAGAAUGCCAUGUAA